AUGAGCUCAAAUUCAGCUCGAACGGGUACGACUACUUCGAAUUCGACUUCUACAGAUCUUUAUGAGAAUCCAUACUAUCUUCAUGGAAUGGAUCACGCUGGGUUACAACUCGUGACGGAUCGAUUAACUACGGGUGCAGAUUUUCACACAUGGAAGAGAUCUGUGCGUAUGGCGUUAAAUGUGAGAAACAAACUUGGUUUUGUUGAUGGAACGAUACAGAAGCCAUCUGAUGAUCAUCGCGAUUCAGGUUCGUGGUCACGAUGCAAUGAUAUGGUCAUUACUUGGUUAAUGGGAUCAGUCUCAAAGAAAAUAGGUCAGAGUCUCUUGUUUAUGUCAUCGGCUGAAGCAAUCUGGAAAAAUUUGAUGUCUCGUUUCAAACAAGAUGAUGCGCCUAGGGUAUAUGAGAUUGAACAACGAUUAAGUAGUAUACAGCAGGGUUCAAUGGAUGUUAGUGCUUAUUAUACUGAGUUAGUCACACUUUGGGAAGAACACAAGAACUACAUUGAACUGCCUGUUUGUACCUGUGGAAGAUGUGAAUGUAAUGCAGCUGUACUUUGGGAGCAAUUACAGCAACGCAGUAGGGUUACAAAGUUUCUUAUGGGACUUAAUGAAGCUUAUGAACAGACUAGACGUCACAUUCUGAUGCUUAAACCGAUUCCAAACAUUGAAGAAGCUUUCAAUAUUGUAGCUCAGGAUGAAAGACAGAGGAUAGUAAAGCCAGGAGUUAAGACAGACAAUGUAGCUUUUCAAGCCGCUGAAUCGUAUGAUGGAAAUGGUUCUUAUGGAUAUGAUUCUUCUUAUGAGAUGGUUGCAGCUUAUAAUACAUAUAGACCAAGAGGUAAUCGUCCUUUGUGUACUCACUGUGGGAAGUUGGGACACACUGUUCAGACAUGUUUUAAAGUCCAUGGUUAUCCUCCUGGAUACAAGCCUCCUAAUCAGAAUUCUAUGGGUCAAUAUGGGAAUAGAGCAGCCUCUCCUCAGUACAAUCAGAUGAAUUACAGCUCCAGACAUCAAUCGAGGCCAAUGAAUUCGAAUAUACCACCAAGAACUAUUGCUAAUGUUUUCACUGGUGCAGAAAAUUCAGAUGUCAGUUGA